AGAGAGAGAGAGCAGCAGGUGGUGCAUGAGGCCGGAGCACUGUAUAUAUAGGGCUUUUUUUGCGAGUGUGAGGGUGGUUGGUGGGUGCAUGUGUGUAUGAGUGUGUAAGUGUGUGUGUGUGUGUGUGUGUGCGGAGUAGCCGUGCAGUAAGGAGCAGGGUGGCACAGCGUAACAAAGAUGGCGGAGAGCACUGACAUGGACGAGCUGCUCAGCACCUUCAAGAAGUUUGCUAUCCAUGGCGACACCAAAGCCACAGGGAAGGAGAUGAACGGGAAAAACUGGGCGAAGCUCUGUAAAGACUGCAAAGUCAUCGAUGGCAAAAACAUCACAGGCACCGACGUGGAUAUCGUCUUCACUAAAGUCAAAGGAAAGUCAUCUCGGGUCAUCACUUAUGAAGAGUUCCAGAAGGCACUAGAGGAUCUGGCUCCAAAGAGGUUUAAAGGUCAAAGCAAAGACGAGGCGUUGCAGUCCAUCCACAAGCUGAUUGAGGGCAAAGAGCCCACCAACGUUGGUGUAACGAAAGUGGCGAAGACUGCAGCGAUGGACAGACUAACAGACACUUCCAAAUACACGGGCUCCCACAAGGAGCGCUUCGACGAGAGCGGGAAGGGUAAAGGGAAGAGUGGACGGGAGGAGAUCGUGGAGAACACGGGCUACGUAGCUGCCUACAAGCACGCGGGGACUUACGACGAGAAGUCCAAGGCCAAGUAAAAGCGUCCAGCGGAGCGUGAGAGGAACGCAGGGCUCCCUUCCCAUCAGCACUUAGAUCUGGACCAAAGCCCAAGCUCUGCUCUGUCCCCUGAAGCUCGGUGGAAGCCUGUGAAUGACGGGAAGUUAUGUAAGGGUUGUCUCUGCGGACACAGGAUGCCGUCAUACAGACGCGCUGAUGUUCGAGUGCUUUUAUUAUUAGUGUAAAUAAGAUGUUUCUGCAGACUAAGUCCAGGUCAUCGAGGAUAAAACCAUCACUCAGCGACCGAUGACAGUUUUAAACACCAUCCAAAACUAAUUUCAGGUCAGAUCUAAUUCAGUGUUUCCUAGAUUACAGUGCCACACCUUCAGUUUCCAUCGUGUUGAGGUCAGCAAAGUGGGCAGGACACAAAGAGCUGUCUGCUAAAUUGGUCAUGCACUAAUUAUAACACUGUCCAUCGCUGCCAGAGCUGAGGCCUAAACUGGAGCAUGAGUUCAUGUGCAUUUGUUUAUUCUUUUAUAGCCUUAUAUGGUCAAUAAAUGUUAGGUUACUAUAACAGAUCAAACUGAGACUGAAAGAAAUUAUCAAAUUAGCAGGUUUCAUAAAAUUGAUGGAUUAUGUCAUUCCUUAUUUUUUAUUUUUUACAAGAUUUAAGUUAGUAAGAUAUACAGUACAGGCAAAAAGUCUGGACACACCUUCUUAUUCAAUGCGUUUUCUUUAUUUUCAUGAUUAUUUACAUUGUAGAUUCUCACUGAAGGCAUCAAAACUAUGAAUGAACACAUGUGGAGUUUUAUGUACUUAACAAAAAAUGAGCUGUCCUCUACAGUCACCGGACCUGAACCCAAUCCAGAUGGUUUAGGGUGAGCUGGAGCACAGAGUGAAGAAGGCAAAGGAGCAACAAGUGCUGCUAAACACCUCUGGGAACUCCUUCCUUCAAGACUGUUGGAAAACCAUUUCAGGUGGCCACCUCUUGAAGCUCAUUGAGAGAAUGAUGCCAAGAGUGUGCAAAGCAGUAAUCAGAGCAAAGGGUGGCUAUUUUGAAGAAACUAGAAUAUAUAUAUAUAUAUAUAUAUAUAUAUAUAUAUAUAUAUAUAUAUGUUUUUUAGUUAUUUCACCUUUUUUUGUUAAGUACAUAAAACUCCACAUGUGUUCAUUCAUAGUUUUGAUGCCUUCAGUGAGAAUCUACAAUGUAAAUAGUCAUGAAAAUAAAGAAAACACAUUGAAAAAGAGAAGGUGUGUCCAAACUUUUGGCCUGUACUGUAUAUAUAUAUAUAUAUAUAUAUAUAUAUAUAUAUAUAUAUAUAUAUAUAUAUAUAUAUAUAUAUAUAUAUAUCUUUUAUAUUGAGUGAACCUUAAAAGAAAAAUGGGCCAAUUGUUAAAAUUAAGUUAAUAUUUAAAUUUGGAUUUAAAGAUUAAAAAAAGAUUUAAUUUUAAAUAUCCUAUAUUCCUAUUUAAAUAUCCUGUAAACAUAUAAAUUAUGUUUACAUUGAUGCAUUUGAACACAUGGGCUUAGUUUGCAGAAAUGUGCCAAAAACAGAAUAAUAAUAAUAAUAAUAAUAAUAAAAAUUUAUUUCCAAGACUUGUGAAGUCAGAACAAAAAAAGCACUAGAGAGAACGGACUUCAUUUAACCAGCUACCAGCCAAACGUCUGAAUACUACCUGUUUACAGAGCAAUGCUUUAAUGUGUUCAUUAAAAAAAAUACAAUCUGCCAGUGGAACCUUUAAACCAUAAAGCUUGAUCCUAAUGUUGUGUACAGAGUGCUUAAGCUGAGCUCCAGUAAGUGCAUAUCUGAACUUUAAAUGUACUGUAAAUACUGAAAAACCAAAAAUACAAAAAAAAGAGACACAAGGAGAUACAAAGAAACAGCUCUUCUUCACUCUUUUUCUUUAUCUCCUAACUGCAAUACUUCCAUUACUAUGCAAAAAAUAUAUGUUUCAUGUUUUUUUUUGUUUUUGUUUUUUUCUCAUUUGUUGUUUAAAUGUCUGUCAUCUUUACUUUUUACUGAGUUCAGAAUAUUCAUACACAGAUUUUUUUUUGGAUUGCGAUUUUCUGUUGAGUGUCUUUUCUCUUUUUUCUCAUGUGUAAUGUCUGUGCGUUGCCAGAACUGGAAUAUGAGUGCAUUUACAGUACAUGAAGUUGUAUAAAGUUUGUAAAAUGA